CGGUUCUGUCGGUUGAGGCGAGCGGAGAGUAAAUAGAAGCAGGAGCUCAAAAUGGCGGAGCUGCCGAGUCUUGUCCGUGGCGCGGUGUCGCCCGAGCUGGAGUCGUUCGGCGCUAGGCCGGCCCCGGACGCGAAGGUUUCCCGUGGGUCACAGCCAGCCGCCAAGAAGAUGAAGGGAGCCGAUGAGAGGAGCCUGAAGGGUACUAAGCGCGUCAACGGUGAAGGGGGUGGCGGUGGCGGGAGCAGCAAGCAGUCGCUGCCGCUGCCAGCGGUCGUGCCGAGCUACAGCAACCCCGCGGCGUGGGGCUUCCCCGCGCUCUCCUCUGGUCCCUCCGGGAGCGGGGGGAGCUUCGCUUUCCCUUCUCAACUGCCCCGGAAGCUGCUGUCGCCUGCUGUUUUGCUGCCUUCGUCCGCCUCUCCCUCCUCUUCCUACCAGCCGCACCAGCACCGCCACCACCGGCACCGCCUGGCUCUGGCCGGUGAGGCGGGAGGCUGCGGGAGCGGCGGCGCAGCCGGCGCUGGCGGUGGGAGCGCCAAGCCGAAGAGGCCGAAGGAGAAGCGGGAUAAGGAGAAGAGGAAGCACGGCGCCCUGCCCGUGGUUGCGGCGGUGGGAGAUGGCGGCGGGGCGCUGAGCGUGGCAGGCCGGGAGGAAAACGGGGAGGUGAAGCUGCUGUUCCCGAAAGCUCAAAUCAAAGACAAAAUUAAAGAAAGGGAAAAGAAGCAAAAAGAGAAGAAGAAGCACAAAAUAAUGAAUGAAAUCAAGAAAGAAAAUGGAGAGAUCAAAUUAUCGCAGAAAGGUGGGAAGGAGAAACCAAAAACCAAUGCAGAAGAACUACAGAUUAAAAAAGUUAAGAAGAAAAAGAAAAAGAAACAUAAAGAGAAUGAGAAGAGGAAGCGUCCAAAAAUGUACAGCAAAUCUAUUCAGACCAUCUGCUCAGGAUUGGUUUCUGAUAUUGAGGAUCAGGAAGCCAAAGGCAUCAUAGAUGAUCAUCUUAAGGAUUUCAAUGGGAAAAAUAUGGAUCCCAAGAAGGACUGUGAGUCCAAGAUACCAGAGAACAGUGAGUUUCCAUUUGUCUCGUUAAAGGAGCCACGGGUUCAAAAUAAACUCAAAAGGUUGGACACAUUGGAGUUCAAACAGCUGAUUCAUAUUGAGCACCAGCCUAACGGAGGUGCAUCAGUUAUCCAUGCCUACAGUAAUGAACUCUCCCACUUGUCUCCUGUGGAGAUGGAGAGAUUUGCAGAAGAGUUUGUGGGUCUGGUUUUUAGUGAAAAUGAAAACUGUGCAGCUUACUAUGUAAUGGGUAUUGUUCAUGGGGCAGCUACUUAUUUACCUGACUUUUUAGACUACUUUUCGUUUAAUUUUCCCAAUUCACCAGUGAAAAUGGAGAUUUUGGGAAAGAAAGAUAUAGAGACAACGACUAUGUCAAAUUUUCAUGCUCAGGUAAAAAGAACAUACUCUCAUGGUACGUAUAGAGCUGGCCCAAUGAGACAGAUCAGCCUGGUUGGAGCAGUUGAUGAGGAAGUGGGGGAUUACUUCCCUGAAUUCCUUGAUAUGUUGGAAGAAUCACCCUUCUUAAAAUGUACACUGCCAUGGGGAACACUUUCUAGCUUAAAAUUAGAGAGUCGUAAAGACAGUGAUGAUGGUCCCAUUAUGUGGGUACGUCCAGGAGAGCAGAUGAUCCCUGUGGCUGACAUGCCAAAGUCACCUUUCAAAAGGAAGAGAACUACCAAUGAAAUAAAAAACUUGCAGUACCUACCUCGAACCAGUGAACCCCGUGAAAUGCUAUUUGAAGACCGGACACGAGCCCAUGCAGAUCACAUAGGACAAGGUUUUGAACGACAGACUACAGCUGCUGUGGGAGUGUUGAAGGCUGUGCACUGUGGAGAGUGGUCUGAGCAGCCUCGUAUAACCAAAGAUGUAAUCUGUUUUCAUGCUGAAGACUUCUUAGAGGUAGUUCAGCGAAUGCAAUUAGAUUUGCAUGAACCUCCACUCUCACAGUGUGUCCAGUGGGUUGAUGAUGCAAAACUUAAUCAGCUGCGAAGGGAAGGCAUCCGAUAUGCCAGAAUUCAGUUAUUCGAUAAUGACAUUUAUUUUAUCCCAAGGAAUGUCGUGCACCAGUUCAAGACAGUUUCAGCUGUGUGCAGUUUGGCUUGGCACAUCCGGCUCAAGCUGUACCAUUCAGAGGAAGAACUCUCUCAAAAUACGAGUACUGUUGAAGCAGGGACCUCUGCAGACCCCAAGUCUUCGGUUAUUGGACUUCAGACUGACAGCAGAAUCUGUACGAUGAGCAAAAAUACCUCCGAAGACGCCAAAUUCUCAGCUGCUCUCCAGACAAAGUACCUGCAGCAGGAAUUCAUGCCGAUAAAACAUGAACCUAUCGCCUCUCACCGAAUAAAGGAAGAACCCAUGGAUGUCGACCUGCCUGAAAAAACAGUGGCACCCAACGACACCGGGGGCCAGACUGUUCAGACUAGGUUGGAUCACGUUGAAUUGACGGCAUUUAAGUUGGAAAUGGAUUCUAAAUUUGAACCUGGCAGCAAGGACUUACAAGGCAAGUUAUGCUCUGGAGGUCACGUACAUCCAGAUGAUACAAGACAACAUAGUUCAUCAUAUCCAAAACUGCAUGGACAAAGAGAGGAUGAUUUUUUGUGCUAAAUUUGUAUAUAUGGUUUUAAAUUCCUUUUUAAACUUAAUGAUUCAUAAAUUCUGUGAGGCAAGUUUGUGACUUGCCUUCACAUCUGUUACAGAAAAUAGUUAUGUAGCUUUGUAACAUUCCUCAGUGCCUGUCCAUAACUGUGAAGUAUCAAAGCACUUAGGGCCAGAUGCACUGUAAACACUGCAGGUUUAACAUAAAGAAGUCUUUAAAUAAUUUUGAGUUGUAGGUUUUAGAGUAGAGCUGACAUUUAACAUAUAUAUUUUUUGUAAGAUGAGCCAGAAUUCUUUUUGACAAUUCCAGGCUUUUCCAUAGAGCUUAUUUAUACCAAUUUUUUCAUUUUAAAUGUGUCAGCACUGUAGUGUAAAUAUCUUUUUUAAAGAUCUUUUUAGUGUGAUUUAUACUGAAAUGUGAGCCGCUUAAUAAAGGUUCAUAAUAACAGAUUGGUUUUAUUUUUGGGUCUGCAAAAAACAAUUCAGUUCAACUGCCUCUCUAAAUGGUUACGUUUCUACCUGCACUAAUGCAUAGGAUGCCCUCAUACCACUGUAGGUUGAGGAGCUGUAGCAAACUGAGGUAGAGCUGAGGCAUUCUCCAUAAAUUGAGGUUAGUCAGAACAUAAACCUAGUCCUUCCUUCACAGGGGCUCCGUGAGGCACUCCCCAGACUCCUGCGUCAGAUCUUAAUGUGGAACAGAGAUAGACCUUCCUGUUGUGAGGACAGUUGGACACCCCAUGGGCUCCAGGACCUGUGUGCACCUCUCUAGAUGAGCUGGUGCAAGGGAGCGAGCUCCCUUCUGUGCCUGCCUCUUUUCCCUGCUCCAGCUGUAGUUAAGGCAGCUCCAUUUCAUAUUUAAAACUUAAAACCAACAUCCCCCUUCAAAUAAUUCGUUUGACUAAAUUUAAACCAACAAAGAUGAAGGAUUUAAAUGGUUACUUACCAAGCUGUAAAGGCUUCAGUCUUUAGUAGUGAUCUGUAAUUCAUGGAGACACGUUUGGAUUUGAAUUGCUCCCUGUGCUGAUAGCACCAGGCAGUAAAGAUAGUUGUCAAUGUGUCCAGUAGGAGGAUUUCUCUUGAGUCCCAGUCUGGAAGCAAGAGUUGUUUAAUGAAUAACAGUGGUGUCCACAUUAGAACUGUUUUCCUCUCCCCACCUGUGGGACACUUGAGUUCUCUUAAGCUGUGUUCUGAGGGAAAAGGAUUUCAAGGGUAGCUAGCAUCUGGUGUAGUAAUGGCAAAACCUCUGUAAUUUAACUUAUUUAAUUCUUUGUGUAACAUAUUAGUGUAUAGCUCAGACACAUCUGAAUGAUACUUCUUUUUCAGGUAGCUACGAAUAGCAGUAAACUGCCCUACAGCCUGUCCUUCAACUAAGUAUGUAAAGCUGAAGAUCCUAGGCCUGUGGUUAUUUCCAGUGCCCUCUUAGCUCUGAUGUUUUAUUUUUGUUUUAAUUUAUUUUUCCUGUAGCUCUCUAAAAGCUGUACAACCUUUACCUACCCAGGUUAUAACCUUUGAUGCACUUGGUUAUCACUUUGGGUUCAUUUGUAGCAAUAGAGCAACGUGAUUUCCGGGUGGUAUCUAAUUCAACUACCUAAGGCCCUUUUGUUGCAAACAUUUUGGUUAUAGGAUGUUAAACUUCAAAGUGUUACUGUGUACUUAGGCCUGGCACUAAAAUCAGCCAUUUGACGGAUGAGUGCCCUGAUCUGUUUAAAUCUAAAAUAGGUCUGUCAAGGAAUUAUUAAUUAAAUCAGUUUUUGAAUUGCUAAAUGUUACUCCUCCAUAGCCAUAAUUACAUAUUAGAGAAGCAAUAGCAAUAUGAAUCUCUCUGAUGUGGCUCAUAGGUCCUUAAGUCUCACUGCUCAUUUCUUUACUGCUGGCUAAGAGAUGAGUAUCAGUUUUGCAGCCUCAGGGAUCUUGCUUUCCCCUCACACCAUGAGCAAAUGGUUCAUGUGUGACAUGGCAAGUUAUUACUUGAGCAGAUUCUGAUUUGAAAAAUUAAUUGGUUCAAGAGUUUGAGCCUUCCUGGUAGUAGAAACAUGGGCUCAGCUCCCUGUGUUUUGUGGAUUAUCUGGAAACUUCCCCCCAUAAUACCUUUGGCUUUAUAAACAUCCAUACACAGUUACGUAGCUAUCGGUUCCCCUUCUCUGUGCCAGCCAUUGGAGAGCAGUGAGAGAGGAGAGCUGCAGGUUGUAGUUUGCACCGAGUGGGAUAGUCGAAGGCUCCAGCUUUAUCAAAACCAGCCUUGUCAGAUACUUUUAAAAACGCAACAACUCCCUCCCAAAAACCACCCCAACAACAAAACCUUAUUUAGUUUCCUUAGAAUCUUCCCUCUGAUGUUAUGCUAUUGUUCAUUCUGAUUCAAAUUCUUUUUUAGAUGUCAGAUUUUAGUGAAGUGUACCCACCUCUGACAGCAGCUUCCUGCAUCACAUGCCCUGUCCAGACUGAAAAGCAAUCCAUCUUUGAAAAUGGUUUAGCGAACCUGGUUUUACACUUGAGAGCAGAACUUUGUUUCCUUUUGAAGACCCGUUCAGUGGUCUCAGCCAGUGAUGGCCUCAAACUUCUGCUUAGGUAUGGCUUGGUUCUUCCUUUUUAUCACGUUCAGAAUUUUAAGAUUAAACCAGAAAGAUUUCAGAGAUUCAAUCAAAAGUGGCAGCUUUUUCCGUUUUUUAUGCAUCCUCUGUGAUUUUUGAGACAGGCCAGAGCCUCAUUUUUAAACAGAAUUUCUUGCGGACAAUAUGAACGAGAUGGGGAGGAUUACCAACGGCUCUCAGAACUCCCUCUGUACUCCAAGACAUCAUCAGUCUGGGCUGACUGGCUGUGUCAGGGUAUGCUGCUUACUUUGCUUGUUUGGGAAAAAAAAGGAAAAGAGAUUAAAAAAAGAACAGUUUUUGUCCUCUGCCUGUAUUGUGUUCAUUCUGCUGCGGUUCUCAUUCACAGGGGAGCACCUUUCAUGAGGGUUUCAGCUCCCAAAUUGUUCAUUAGUUGGCCAAAGGUCUUGCUUUGGUUUCCAGCGGUCCCUUCCUGCAGCGUCCAACUUCGUAUUCACACUUUUGCUUCAGCAAUAAAUCUUUCAUGUUUCUGAUGUACUGAAACUAGUCUUUGCUUAUUGCUUUUCCCCCCCUCUCUGGAUUUCAGCUCUUACCUGAACCUUCCUGUUAGUUGGGCUGAAGUCUCCAGUGUUGUAGUUGUGUCUCUUGUUGUUCUGCAGAUUGGAAAGCUCUGCUCAAGGCCGAUGCCGGCCCUGCCCGGUACUGACAUGGUGUAUUCUCAGCCCUGUUUCAUCACCCAUGCAGUGUGCAGAAGCGUACCCUUGUUCUCCUAGAUACUGGUACCGUGCUUGUGGUAGCAAAGAGUUGCUUUGUCCUGUCACUACCGGUAGCUUUCAAGGUGGUAGCUACUUUUCCUUUGUUUUUUAACUUACUGGAUCUUUUGCAUUUCACUGGCAACUGACUUCAUGUGUUAUAUACAAGUGUUACUCAGUGUUGUGUCACCCCCUGAUGCCUGCAAAUUGGCUCUGAAACAGCAUUUUCCUUACAGGUACUGCCAGCAUGCAGACUUCCUUCCUUGUUACUAUAGUGAAUAUUUCAAUACUUCUUUAACUGAGAUAUUAAUUCUAUCUAGUAUUAGAAAUAAAGUAUUAUUUCAGAGGGUAAUGAUUUGAGUAUUAAUCUGUGAAAGAAUUCCUUGGUGAUAAAUAAAAUUGAUUUUUAAGCAGAUAUACAUGUGCACAGUAAAUAAGUUGCUAUUGCAAAUUACAUAGGAAAUGGAAACAUGAAAUAGUGGAAUGCUGUGAAACAGAUCUGAAUGUUGCAGAUUUGGAAAAUUGGAUAAGUCUUCCAAGAAACACAGGACUCUGGUACUCAUUGAUCAGAAUGACUGUUCUCUUAUAUGUGCAUGUGACUGAGGAUGCUGAAUUGACUGAAAUAAAUCCAUGUUUUCUCCA